AUGCUUCUUGCAAGCUUUAUCAAUGCUAGUACGAUCACGUGUCCUAGUGGUCCCGGCGGGAAAGCGCUCUAUCUCCAAACAAAUGAACAGCAAAACUCCAUGAUUUCUAUCCCAAUCGGAAAUGAUGGCAAGCUCUAUGGUGGAAUUGCUACCUUGACCGGCGGCCUAGGCGGUGAUAGUAUCGAUAAGAUGACGCAUAUGCCUGCUGGCCCUGAUGCUCUUUCAUCCCAAGGCUCCGUCUUUGCCAUCGAUGAUGUGAGUGCUUUUGUAAUGUCUUUAGUGCAGUCUCAGGCUCACGCCGGCUUUGUAGCUCGUCUUCGUGGUGAACGCAGGAUCUAA